AGGCCCCGGAUAUUUGUGUCAGCGCUGCCGCCACGGUCUCAGCUGAUGGGUCGGGAUACACGCUCGCGCUCCCGGUCGGCUGGUCGCAGGGGCCGCAGGCAACGGAGCGGGAGUCGGAGCCGGAGUCGGAGCGGGAGCCAUGGGCGGCGAAACCGCCGGCGCCGGGACGACGAAGUACGGCGCAGGCGGAGGAGGCAGAGCCGAGAGCGCAGGUCGGAUUCGGAGGAAGAAAGGUGGCAGCGGCGAAGGAGGCAGAGCCCAAGCCCCCUGCCACCACGGUGGCGCUCACAGGACCGGUCCUCUCAGUCCGACUCGGAUGAGGAGCGGCAGGAACAGCAGCGGGGCCGGUGGGCCCACCGGCGGCGGACACGCUCUUGGUCUCCGGGCUCCUCGGCAUCCAGCUCGGCCUCCCCAGACCGCUCCCAGAGCCCCCGGGAGGCAGCGGCAGCCCUGAGCCAACAGCAGAGCUUGCAGGAGCGGCUGCGGCUGCGGGAGGAGCGGAAGCAGCAGGAGGAGCUGAUGAAGGCCUUCGAGACCCCCGAAGAGAAGCGGGCGCGGCGGCUGGCCAAGAAGGAGGCCAAGGAGCGGAAGAAGCGGGAGAAGAUGGGCUGGGGGGAGGAGUACAUGGGCUACACCAACACCGACAACCCGUUCGGCGACAACAACCUCUUGGGCACCUUCAUCUGGAACAAGGCCCUGGAAAAGAAGGGGAUCAGCCACCUGGAGGAGAAGGAGCUGAAGGAGCGAAACAAGAGAAUCCAAGAGGACAAUCGGCUGGAGCUGCAGAAGGUGAAGCAGUUGCGGCUGGAGCGGGAGCGGGAGAAGGCCAUGCGGGAGCAGGAGCUGGAGAUGCUGCAGCGGGAGAAGGAGGCGGAGCACUUCAAGACGUGGGAGGAACAGGAGGACAACUUCCACCUGCAGCAGGCCAAGCUGCGCUCCAAGAUCCGCAUCCGGGACGGGCGGGCCAAGCCCAUCGACCUGCUGGCCAAAUACAUCAGCGCCGAGGACGACGACCUGGCCGUGGAGAUGCACGAGCCGUACACCUUCCUCAAUGGCCUCACCGUAGCCGACAUGGAGGACCUGCUGGAAGACAUCCAGGUGUACAUGGAGCUGGAGCAGGGUAAGAACGCGGACUUCUGGCGGGACAUGACCACCAUCACGGAGGACGAGAUCGCCAAGCUCCGCAAGCUGGAGGCCUCAGGCAAGGGCCCAGGUGAGCGGCGAGAGGGCGUCAAUGCCUCGGUCAGCUCCGACGUGCAGUCGGUCUUCAAGGGCAAGACGUACAGCCAGCUGCAGGUCAUAUUCCAGGGCAUCGAAGGCAAGAUCCGGGCCGGGGGCCCCAACCUGGACAUGGGCUACUGGGAAAGCCUCCUGCAGCAGCUCCGCGCCCACAUGGCGCGCGCCAGGCUCCGAGAGCGGCACCAGGACGUGCUGCGACAGAAGUUGUACAAGCUGAAGCAGGAGCAGGGCGUGGAGAGUGAGCCUCUGUUCCCCAUCCUCAAGCAGGAGCCCCCGUCCCCUGGGCGCAGCCUGGAGCCAGAGGACCCAGCGCCCACCCCGCCCGGGCCCUCCUCAGAGGGCGGCUCCGGGGAGGCUGAGGCCGAAGGGGUGGCGCCCGUGGAGGGCGAGGCGGACGGGGAGGCGGUGCUCAUGGAGGAGGACCUGAUCCAGCAGAGCCUGGACGACUACGACGCGGGCAAGUACAGCCCCCGGCUGCUCACAGCCCACGAGCUGCCGCUGGACGCGCACGUGCUGGAGCCGGACGAGGACUUGCAGCGCCUGCAGCUUUCCCGCCAGCAGCUCCAGGUCACAGGGGACGCCAGCGAGAGCGCGGAGGACAUCUUCUUCCGGCGGGCCAAGGAGGGCAUGGGCCAGGACGAGGCGCAGUUCAGCGUGGAGAUGCCGCUGACGGGCAAGGCCUAUCUGUGGGCCGACAAGUACCGGCCCCGCAAGCCGCGUUUCUUCAACCGCGUGCACACGGGCUUCGAGUGGAACAAGUACAACCAGACGCACUAUGACUUCGACAACCCGCCGCCCAAGAUCGUGCAGGGUUACAAGUUCAACAUCUUCUAUCCCGACCUCAUCGACAAGCGCUCCACGCCCGAGUACUUCCUGGAGGCGUGCGCCGACAACAAGGACUUCGCCACCCUGCGCUUCCACGCCGGGCCGCCCUACGAGGACAUCGCCUUCAAGAUCGUCAACCGCGAGUGGGAGUACUCCCACCGCCACGGCUUCCGCUGCCAGUUCGCCAACGGCAUCUUCCAGCUCUGGUUCCACUUCAAGCGCUACCGCUACCGGCGGUGACAGCCGGGGCCUCCCCUCGCCCGGGCUCACUCUCCCCGGGGGGAAGGGGGGGUUCACCGCAGAACCUGCCCCGGGUCGUUGACGGGACAGGGUGCCGGGCUCUCGAGGGGCAGGGAUCCGAGUCCAGGGCAGCUGCGGGACCCCCACCCCUGGCCCUCUCUCAGGCCGGCCUGGUGCUGCUGUGGGUCGGUCUCUCCCCCCCGCCCCCCGCCCCACCGGUGGACGUGGAAGACCCGUCUGCCAUCGGGGCCAGGAGCCAGGGGCCCCAGAGAUGUUCUGCGGGAGCCAGGAGCCUGGUCUCUCUGUGUGGCAGCGGCACCCCCAUCUAGCCUGGGUGCCCCCCCAUGUUGGGGCAGCUGCAUUCCUGGAGACCACCGCCCCGCCGGCCCGAAGCUGCUCUCGUGUCCCCGCGUGUGGCCCGAGCUUGGCUGCAGGGCUGACAGGUGUGGUCACCACCCACUCACGCUGCCCAGAAACGUUUCUUCCGACGCCUUGUUCCAGAGACGUUUCCAGCCUGACGGGGGAUGAACCCCCGCGCCGGCUCUUCCGACGGCCGCACCCACAAGCCCCGUUCUGUCUGGAAAUGUUUUAGGUGGUUCCUCUAAAAAGACUUUUUUUAGGUGGGGGGGAAAUACCUUAUUUUCAUUUAAUUGGUCUACUCAUGAAGUUGCAUGUUUUUUUAAUAAACACUUUAUUUUAGAAUA